UUUGGGUUUCGUUCAGUUUCCGCAACCCCAACUUAUCUCUCUCCCUCUCUUUAUCUCAACUUUUUGGAUGUUUACAGACUUUUGCAGUCUUCUUAUUACGGAGUACAACAAUCAGUCACCUGCUACUGAUUCCAUUAGGGUUUUCUCCUCUCAGCCAAAUAAUCUCACACACAUAUCAUUAAUUUCCUCUUUUUAUUCAUUUCUGAUCCUUAGUCAUCAGAUGGUGGGUGCAAAAUAUUCAGCUAAAAGAAUAUAUCGAGAGAGACGAGGAAAUUGAUAUUUUACCGGCAAGCAGCACAGAAAGAUUUACAAGGUACAUCCACAAAUUAUAAACUAGGCUACUACACAACCACUUAAUCGGGUCGGGUCGGGUCGGAUUGCUUUUCCAAACAAGUUUUCGAGAUCAGAGGUUAAAGAUUAAGGAUGUCGUCUUCUAGCAACUCAAACCCACCAUGUGCGGCAUGCAAGUUCCUGAGAAGGAAAUGCCUGCCGGGGUGCGUCUUCUCGCCGUACUUCCCGCCGGAGGAGCCACAGAAGUUCGUCAACGUCCACAAGAUCUUCGGCGCCAGCAACGUGAGCAAGCUGCUGAGCGAGAUCCAGCCUCACCAGAGAGAAGACGCCGUCAACUCCCUCGCCUACGAAGCCGAGGCGCGGCUGAAAGACCCCGUCUACGGCUGCGUCGGCGCCAUCUCCGUCCUUCAGACUCAAGUCCUCCGCCUCCAGAAGGAGCUCGAGGCCACCAACGCCGACCUCAUGCGCUUCGCCAGCUCCAACAGCAGCAAUAACGCUGCUGAAAUCAUGUCGACAUCCUCGUCCGGUGGGUAUUCACCUGUCGGGAAACCGGCAGCCGCCGCGGGUAGUAGUCUCAACGGGCACGGUUCUCUGUCGUUCAACCUGCAGCGCAUGACGAUGGCCGGCGGCGGCCAUCCCCACAACAUGGCGAUGAUGAUGCAGCUGCAGCAGCAGCAGCAGAAUGGGAGGUCGAGAAUGACAGAAGGUGGUGAUGGGGGCGGAGGAGGGUUGCAGUUGCACAACUAUGCGCAAUCUCAGGGAAUGACGACGACGGAUUACUAUUAUUCUUCUGCGUGGUCUAACAGCUCUUCCGGCGGAGAGCAUAACUCCGACGGUGCCGAUAAUGGCGAUUGCUCUAUGUAGCUAGAGCUCUUUAAUUUGCGGUUUAUUAUACGGAGUACGAAUGAAGAAAUUGCUCCGAUCCAUAUAUGGAAAGUAUACUAUACUUUUGUGCUUGUUUUAAUUUGGGCAGACAGAUCGAAUUAUGUACAAAACGAGACGCACCAGUGAGCCGACCAUAUUUUAUCUACAUGUAC